GUGGGAUGUAAUCUGGCGUGACGCCACUAAUCCCGACGCUACAAAUCACAGGACCCCGUCGUCCAGCUCGCUCCACACAGACUCACAUCCACAGGGAACGGCUUCACAGACGCUGAUAUAAAGAAGACAUGGCCGUGGUUAGUGGAACUUACCGCAUGGUGUCGGAGGAGGAGCAGGCCCUCAGGGCCAAGCUGGAGCGGCUCACCGUCAAGGACCACGGGCCGGUGUUCGGACCCUGCGCCAGCCUGCCGGACCACACCAAGCAGAAGGCCAAGGACGAGCUGAACGAGACGGACGAGAAGAAGGUGUCGGCGGUGAAGGAGCUGCGAGGGAUCAUCAAGGAGAAGGCCGAGGCCGGCGACGAGCUGGCCAAAGGGGUGCUGGACACGUUCGGGGAGAAGCCGGACAGUUUGCUGGUCCGCUUCAUCCGAGCCAGGAAGUACGACGUUCCCCGAGCCUUCGACCUCAUGAAGGGCUACGUGCGCUUCAGGAAGGAGUACCCCGAGCUGUUUGAGAACCUGACCCCCGAGGCCGUACGCAGCACCAUCGAGGCCGGCUACCCCGGCAUCCUGCCCAGCAGAGACAAGUACGGCCGCGUGGUCCUGCUCUUCAACAUCGAGAACUGGGACUACGAGGAGAUCACGUUCGACGAGAUCCUGCGUGCCUACUGCGUGAUCCUGGAGAAGCUGCUGGAGAACGAGGAGACUCAGAUCAACGGGUUCUGCAUCAUCGAGAACUUCAAGGGCUUCACCAUGCAGCAGGCGGCGGGAAUCAAACCCACGGAGCUCAAGAAGAUGGUGGACAUGUUGCAGGAUUCGUUCCCUGCUCGUUUCAAAGCCGUGCACUUCAUCCACCAGCCCUGGUACUUCACCACCACCUACAACGUGGUGAAGCCGCUCAUGAAGGGCAAGCUGCUGGAGAGAGUGUUCGUCCACGGGGACGAGCUGGAGAACUACUACAAGGAGUUCGAUGCCGACAUCCUCCCCUCCGAGUUCGACGGAAAAGGCUCAAAGUACGACGGCAAGGCCACGGCGGCCAAGCUGUUCGACUAAAGGAAAACGAACGGGGUCGUCAUCGUCGUCAUCGUCAUCGUCAUCAUACGGCACCAGGCUGUGGAGACUCGGAGCCCAAAAUAUAGCUGUGAGGUUGUAGGAAGAAAUAAGAAAAGUUAUGAAUGAAAAGUGUGGAGUUCCGUGUUGUGUUCAAGAGCUCCAAACAAAGCGGCGCUCUGCGGUCUUCAAACCAUUUGGUCGCUCCUUACUUUGUGGGGCCGGAGACACUUUUUUAAAAUCAAUAACCACACAAUGAUUUAGAUAUUUUCCAGAUUUGUUUUUUAAAUGUUUUUAGAUGUUCUGUAGCGCUGACUUCACGUCACACCAAACACAGCGUGAAAAUCAACCUUCUUAGUUUAAAGACUGGUUUGAAAUAAGACGAAUGAACAUGUGAUUUUUGGGGAUGCUUCCUUGUUGUUGUUGAUGAUUAAAUUCACAACGUUCUUUUCAGGGUCCGUUUGGUUCUUACGGAUUCACGCAACACGAGAUCUCAGAGGUCGCUGAAGGUCACCGACACAAGGACCAGUCAUUACUGUAACUAAUCAAAUAAUAACCGUGUUCCUCCUCUGUGGCGCUCAAGAGAAGUGAAGUGAGUGAGUGGCGGUCCGUCUUUAAUCUAAAGCACGGGUGGGAAAUAGUCGAGUUUACGUGAUGUGUAGCGGAAAAAAAAAUGCAAAAAGCCAGUCGGACACAUUAAAAGUCUUUUUUAUGUAAUUUCAUGAAGGACAAAUUGACAAAAACACUUAAGUCGGCACGUUUACCGCCUGGUUUUGACAUCUUCUGUUCAUUUGGAGCGUCGUUCCCCACACAGCUCGUCCACCGCCGGCAGGUCUCAGGUCUCUGGCCUCAGGUCUCUGGUCUCAGGUCUCUGGUCUCAGGUCUCUGGCCUCAGCUCUCUGGUCUCUGGCCUCUGGUCUCAGGUCUCAGGCCUCAGCUCUCUGGUCUCUGGCCUCAGCUCUCUGGUCUCUGGCCUCAGCUCUCUGGUCUCUGGUCUCAGGCCUCUGGUCUCUGGCCUCAGGCCUCUGGUCUCUGGUCUCAGGCCUCUGGUCUCUGGCCUCAGGCCUCUGGUCUCAGCUCUCUGGUCUCUCCUUCAAGUCCAAGGCCGAUGUUCCAACAAGUGCCUGUUCCUCUCUCUCUCUCUCUGUGUGUUUCAGAUUGUUCUUCAAUAUAAAUAUUAUGAUGUUUCACCCCAUUGUGCACCAAUAAUAAUAAACUGUAUAU